GUGGUAUUCGUGCAUCCAUCGUGAUCAGACGGAGCUCUUUGGGCUUGUGCCCUUUUACAAAGACUUGUCUUGAAUUUGUAAACCGCCACAGAAGGUAGUGAAGAUCCUGCUGGUCGUGUUUGGUUAACGCUUCGUCAUCGAGCAGUGAAGACAGUAUUAGGAGAGAGUACUGGAUCACUAUCAUUACGCAGACAGAGCACCACUUGGUGAUAUUAAGUCCGAAAGGAAGAGGAUUAAGAUUUUUUGUUUCUCUGUUGUACUAGUUAAAACAAUCUUAUAGCUGUGCGUGUCCUUUGGUGAUUUCGAUGCGGUUGUAAGUAGUGAUCCGCCAGACACCGUCCUGAACGAUGAUCGAAGUCCGCGUGCAAGACAUGGAAGGGAUGAGCCAACAGUGCUGCGCCAACGCCACCGACACCAAUAACAACAACAGGAGCAGCAAGACCGACGAAAAGUACGGACUGCGCCCCAGGACCAUCAUCAAGAGACUGCAGCAGGAGAGAGUGCGCCAGGAUGUCCUCCCCAAACGACAGAGGACGAAGUCGAGACCGGCGCCGCUGUCGAAGUACCGACGAAAGACGGCCAACGCACGCGAGCGCCACCGCAUGAGGGAGAUCAAUAACGCCUUCGAGUCGCUGCGCAAGGUCCUCCCGGAUGCCAUGGAGGUCCAACACAACUCGUCCACCAUGACCAAGAUCACCACCCUCCGCCUCGCCGUCAGCUACAUCAGGGCGCUGUCAGAAGUCCUGGAGGACGAGGGCAACGGGGACCUGUGUGCGCUACAGAACUCCUUACAGAACACGAUACAGAAUUCGAUACAGAGCACGUUACAGGAAUCCUUAGGACAUUCAUACGACCAGGCAUUCCAGACAGGAGCCCCUUCUUCGGGCGCCAUGCCCAGCCACCAGUACGACCCCACCGCACCUCAGCAGAAUGUAACUCAGCUCUUGGACUAUUACUCAGCCUCCAACUUCAUGUCAGCCUCGAGCUCGCCCUCCACGGGGAGAGGGUCCCUCGGUUCCGCGAGCGAUCUGGAGGAUCUCCUCUCAGACGAUUCUGGUCUCCUGGAGGACAACCUUGACGUCUUCCACGAUAUCCCCGUGUUGUCUGAGCACGACCCGCUACAGCUCCUUCUAGCAUCAGGGAGAGACUCCUUGUCCUUCGCCUCCGAAUUGUGUGAUUAAUGACUGGUCUUUGAGAAAAAAAAGGAAAAAAAAAGUGUCAGUGAAUUUAUAUUUAGUUGAUACAGAUACAUGUUUGAUGUAGAUGUCAUGCUGAAGUGAAGGUGCUUGUGUUAACGG